UUCAAACGUACCUCCGACACUCACUCUACUUCCUCUUGGAAAACAAAAUUGGCAAGUACUCCUGGUUAUUUAGGGUCUCCCAAAAUGUGUUAAAAAUUGAUGCUCAGUCUUGACCAACAAAGCGCCAGAAUAUUAAAUCUAACAGUUCUCCAGUGAAUCGACCCUCUCAGCUAAGAUAUUUUGAUCACGCCCGCUCAGGUCAGCUUCGACGAGUUUCACAUCGAGAGCAGUCUAUGAGUUCGUAUUAUUAGAAUUUGGUUGGAACUUUAACUUUUGGAGAAGUUUAAGGGAUAGAGUUAAUCAAGAACUCAAGCCUCGUAGAUUUGGUGGACCAAGUUUUUCUUGUUGGAAUAAGAGAGGAUUGAAGAGUUUGGAAGCUCAACCAUUCCAGUAUGUUUUUUUACAACUCUUUCUUCAAUUGGUUAGCCGAUGGUGAUGUUCUUAGACUUUUUCAACAAGCCCAUGUGAUUUUAGAAGCCAAAUGGUUUAUACAGUCAAUAUUUUUGCUUGGACUUGGAAAAAUUAAUGAACCUCUCAUAGUAAUACUGUCAGACAGCUAGCCUUGAAUUCAAGUUGAGCUCGUUUGCUAUCUCGGUUCGAUCAAGUUGAAAUGAAUUGAUGGGAAAUGAGCUCAAGCUCGAGCUUGGUGUGUGAUGGCUCUAGGUUUAUGUUGUUUGGCUUGUGAGUCAAGUGCAAAUGAAAGUUAAAUGAUAAUAUUUUGUUAAAUUCAAAACAAUAUUGUUUUGAGCUGUUGUGUACAUUGUGUUAGCAUAGGAAAAUGACUUUAUUUUAUUCUAAGUUCAACAGAUGCAAUUUUGUUCUUCAAUUCCAGUUCGACACUUUCUCUUCACAAGUAAUGUAGAUGCUAACUCAAUCUCUCAAACACCGAUUCUCCCAACGUAAAGCAACUUGCAUCAUGGACCAAAUUUAGAGUUUGUUUGUCUCUUUUUUUAAUUCACUGUCUACCAACGGUAACAUAUUUUAUGUCUUGUGAGUCUUUUGGUUGUUAUAUUGGAUUGCCAAGAGGGGUUGUGCAUGUUUAUUAUGAUUUGGGGAUGGUGAAAUGUUUGAUUCAAGGGGUAACUUAGUUUUGAAUAUUGUCAUGUUUGAUCAUAAUAUGGUGUUUGUGGCCGUCCUAGGAAGUAGGGUGUUUUUGUAUGAAAUUUUGAUGAAUGGGGACUUGGUAAAUGUUGUGGUUGGGGUUGAACUUAGUGCUUUAACUCUAUUGUAGUGUUUAUACUGUAGGGUAUGUGAUAGGACAAUGGGUGCACAAGAAUAAGGGUGAGAUUCAAAUCAAAAGAUCAAGGCUAUGUGUUUAGGUAGAGCAAACUAAGGAAAGGACCACAGAACAUGUGAGGAGAAUGAGGGGCAAAAGAGGGGAGACAAAUAAUGUAAAAAGAAACAAAAAUAGAAGAGUAAGGGGGAUAUUGUUUUGGGUAUUAGGCAUUCUUUGGGUGGAAGAGGAGGUCUGCGGCUGCUCGAACUCUUGAAAUUUAUCCAUUCGUUGACUGUUUUGGGUUGAGAGUAGUCGGAUUUUAGUAUGAGUGUCUAAAUUGUUGUUUUGCCAAGUGAUAUAAAUAAAAUCAAAUUAUUAUUCUUUAGUUUGCCGGUGUUUUUUUGUGUGAUUGACUGUGGUUGGAUGGUGUUAUUGUUCUGUUUGGUUGAGAAUUGUUGGAGGUCUCUAUCAAAAGUGGUAUUAGAGCUCAUGAUUUUGAGGAUGAAAAGAGUAGAUAUCAUAAAGGAUGACAGUGGAAGAUGGAGGUUUGUCCAACGACUAAUGUAGUUGGAAAUUUGGAAGAUGUGGGAGAACAAAAUCUGUUUUCGUUGUGAAUGCAAGGAAGAAUGGAACUAUGACUAUAAAUCCAAGUCAUGAGUUGUUUUUGUGAUGAAGGAAGACAAUUUGGAUGAUGAUGAUAUCCUAAUCAUAUUCUAUGAGGAAACAAAGAGGAAAGAAGCUGGUUUGGCUGAGAUAAGCGUGUUUGGCAAAAAAGCAGUUGAAUCCGAUGACCAAAAGUGUAAACUGGAGGAAUCUGGUGAGAUUGGGUGACCGGAAUCUCUUCGUUCACCUGGAGGCCUGGUUCAAAUGGUACAAAGAUAAGGAUGGAAAAAAACGAAGGUGUGAGAAGAAAAGGAGAAGAAGACAUGGUGUUGAAACAAGAAGUGAGCGGACAAAAAGAUAUGGUACCAAAACUGGAAGAAAUUAUGGAGGAAAAAGACAUGAAGAGGGAUAAGAUGGACCCAAGAAAGAUUGAUACAGUACUUCCAAGUCAAGCUUUAUCCCAUGCCUCCGUUGGUAGCAGUAUUUCCCCUUUGUGUGCAUCAACGAAAGGUAAGAUAAUACAAAUUGAAGGACCACAUACCAGUGUUGCAAUAGAUGAUGUCAAGGUGGAUAUGGCAUUGGUUGAAAAUUUUGAUGCUUCUAAUUAUGAAGAUGUAAGGGAAUUACAAUUUGAAAGAACUACAAAAGCACAUGCUCUUGAUAUUCAGCCAAGCAAGAGAAGAAAGACUUCAGCUGUGUGGGAGUGCUUUUCAGAGGAGUUGUGUGUAGGGGAUACAAAAUAUGCUGUUUGUAAGUACUGUAAGAAAAGGUUGAAAAUGCAGAAGACUAGGACUACUACCCACCUAGCACGACAUAUUUCACAAUGUGUUGAAAGGAAGAAGGCAUUGGGAAAGAAAAUUCUCCAAGGUGGGCAAUUGGUGCUAGGGUUUAAGCCUUUGAAGUCACGGAUUCCUGACUCCCUUUCUAACCCCCCUAUAUUGAAGAUGAACUCUAAAUAUGAUCACAAAAAGGUUAGAGAGGCAAUGGCUCACAUGAUUUUAAUGGAUGAGUUGUCAUUUAAGAUGGUUGAGCAUGUGGGCUUCAAUUUCUUUUGUCGCAGUCUUCAGCCUAUGUACGAGAAAAUUGGAAAAAAGCAAGCAAAGGUGGAUUGCCAAAGAGUUGUUGACAUUGAAAUAGUGAGUUUGAAGAAGAUUUUUGCAAAUGUACCAAGGAUCAGUGUCACUAUUGACCUGUGGAAGUCGGAUGCACAAAACAUCGAGUACAUGGUGAUCACCGCACAUUGGGUGGACCAGACAUGGUCGCUAAAUAAGAGAAUCAUAAAUUUUGUCCAUUUGCCUCCCCCAAGGAGAGGAGUAGACAUUGCAAAGGCAAUGUUUAGUUGUUUCAAGGACUGGGGAAUUGAAAAUAAGGUGCACACUAUCACAGUAGACAACACUAGUACCAAUGAUAUAUGCGUUUCAAAGUUAAAAGCAAAUUUUGAUAUGCCUAGGAGGCUAUUGUGUGAUGGAAAAUUCUUCCAUGUUAGGUGCAUAACCCACAUAGUGAAUCUCUUGGUCCAGGAUGGGCUGACUGAGAUUAAGAGCAUUAUUGAAAAAAUUCAGGAGAGUGUUAAGUACAUCAAAGCAAGUGAGGCGAGGCAACUUGCAUUUUUUGAGAUUGCGCAACAUUAUGGGAUAAAAGAAAGGAAACUCAUCUUGGAUUGCCCCACUAGGUGGAACAGCACGUAUAAUAUGCUUAGUACAUUGUUGAGGUUUAGAGAGGUGUUCCCUAUGUACGGCUGCGUGGACGAGAGUUAUAUGAUUUAUUGCCCUUUGAGGGAAGAGUGGAAUAGAGUAGCUGUCGUGUGUGAGUUUUUGGAGAUUUUCAAUGACAUAACCAAGAUAGUCGCAAAAUUAGAGUAUCCCACGUCUAAUUUCUAUUUCAUUGAGGUAAUUAGGAUUAAGGGGAUCCUCUCGGUGCGGGAAUUCGAUCCUGAUCCGUGUUUGGCAAGUAUGGUGACCAAAAUGGCAACUAAGUUUGACAAGUAUUGGCGGGAUGUAAAUGUGUUGAUGGCUAUUGCUGGCAUUAUGGAUCCAAGGAUUAAGUUUAGUCUGAUUGAGCUUUUUUUUCCCAAUUUAUUUGGUGAAUAUAAAGCCAAGGAAGAGAUACAAAAUGUUCGGAAGACACUUGAAGCAUUAUAUGGCGAAUAUGUGGACAUUCUUUCCUUGGAAAAUCCAAGCAUCACUCAGUCACAGACACAGUCACCUGCAUCAAGCCAAACUUGCAGCUCUCGGACUGCGCCAGGUAAAUCAGUUGCAAGUAAAAGCUGGCAGCGAUUAUGGGAGUUCAAGAGGAAGAUGGAAUCGAAACUAGCUAAGAAGUCGGAGUUGGAAAUGUACCUGGAAGAUAGUUGUGUAGAGAUCGCUGAGGAUUCAUACGCAACAGAUUUCAAUGCACUUCAAUGGUGGCAAGACAAUCAGAGUAAGUACAAAGUGCUUUCACGUAUGGCGGCUGAAAUCUUGGCAAUUCCGUUCUCCACUGUGGCCUCCAAAUGUGCGUUCAAUGUUGGUUCUAGAGUUAUUGACCCUUAUAGAGCAUCUCUAGCUCCAAAAACUGUAAAUAUGCUCAUUUGUGGAGGUGACUGGUUACAGGCCAUGCAUUGGGUGAAAAAACCUGUAAAGAUUGACAAUGAAGCUGAGGUUACAUUGCCACUGAAAUGAAGACAGUUAUGGACAAUUUUAGCUAUGUACAAUUUCAGGUGAAUCAUGCCUAGAACCCAUCUACAAAAGGACUAGUUUCCUCCAAAGGGCGUAUCUUAUUUUCCUAUCUCUUUUCACUGUAAGCAAACAUUGUAUUGAGAGGUUGAAAAGAUAGAACAAAGGCAGUGAAGAGGCAUUAAUUGCAAAAGUUGGCAUUUAUAGUGUAACAAGAAGUGAUUGCUUUAUCUUGGAAAAAACUUUGGUUUAUAUUUUCUCAUAGUUCAAUUCAACUACAGCAUGUGGUUGUAUUGGUAAAUGGGGAACAAUAUUAUGGAGCGAAGGCCAGUCUAAACAUUCAAAAUUCAGCUUGUCACAAAUAUAGAUAAUCUCCGGUUCAUUUGACAAUGAUCUCAACACCAUUGAAGCAGGUUUGCAGUUAAGUUUCACAUCUGAAAGUUCAAGAUAUCCGAAAUCAUCAGUUUCAUUAUUAUUUCCUUUUUGUGUUUAGGAUAUUAUGGACUUUCAAAUGAUUCUAAGAAGCCAUUACAUUCAUGUUUCAAUCAGGUUACCCAGCAUUAUAUGGAGAUAACUAUCCUAUUCUUCAAAUUUUGGACUGAGUAUUAUGUAGUUCUCUUAUUAUUGUUCCUUAAUUUGAACAAUAAUUAAUUACCCUUAUUGAUUUUGUAAUUUUACAGACUGAAGCAUACCAAGAGUCUGGAUGCUACAAUCUACUCUCCUCUGCCUUUGUCCAAAUCAACAACAAGAUUGCCGAUGGAGUUGCAUUAACUCCAAGAUCGUCCUACAGCUGAGGACAAUUUUAUAUUGGUUUCUUGAUUUGUAUAUGGCAUUACCAUGGAGGCUGUGUUGUGGGAAAAGCAGGCGAUGUGAUUGGCAAUUGGCAUUGAUGCUCUCGGAAUUGUUGAUGGAUCAAAAUUUAACAUACCACCAAAAAUGAAUCCUCAGGGUACCUUGAUGAGCUGAUGGUUGAAAGGUAAUUAAGUUGCUGUUGUAUGUUAUACCUAUAUACUCAGUUGAUGGCAUACUUGUAAAUUAACUAACUUAUAGACUUGUGAAUGUAGUCUCUUUAAUACUAA